GCUGUUUUUCUAACGCGUCGCACUGUGACAUGGUCAGCCAGAGAUAACGAAAGUGGGGUUACGAAAAAGUAUACCAUGGAAGGCGUCGUGAGAGGGAUCAUAACGGGCCAUUACUUUGACCAUGAGACGCUCUGCGGCAUCGAUAUACACUUUCUCAUCGGUAGAAGGAUACAUCGAGUUGGGGAAGGAAGUUGGGGACCUGGCCGCGGCGGUGCUUUCGGGAAACGUGACCACGCUACGUCGGUCUUUAUUGCUCUUGGUUCUGAUUUUUUGUACAACAUGGGUCAUCGCUUUCAGUCCUGCAUCUACGCUAAGGGUCACUGAUGAAGACAUCAAGCAAUGCUUGCAUGUACAGCAAUUGGACGCUCUCAAGACUGACAUAGAAGGGGGGGAAUCUCCCAUCAUGAGGAAGGUGUUCACUUGGCUCUUCCCUUUCGGUCCAGCUUGGAACUCAAUCUUGGGAACUUUCUACAUCAGUUCGGUUCCUAAUUUUAUUCUUGCGUUCAUCCCUGCAAAAAUUAGCGGUGACACUCUGAACACAAUGACAGCGUUUGCGACAGGUGGCCUUUUGUCAGACGUGUUUUUGCACCUUGUUCCUCAUAGUUUCCAUGGCGAACACCAGGAUUCAGGCGUUCAUUUCAUCAUGGUCGAAGAGAAGAGAAACAUCCUGACUGGUCUUGGAAUUUUCCUGGGAUUUGCUGCUUUCUUCUUCAUGGAGAAAACAGUUCGCGUUCUUGGAGGGGAUGGAGAUGGAACGACUGCUCACUCUCAUUCUCACUCUCAUUCUGUCGAUGACGGAGCAAUGACCACGGGCCGAUCUAUCGCAACUUCUGAAGGAACGCUCAAAUCUAGAGCUAAAGUUGAAUCAACAUCUUCCCCAAGUUACCUUGAGAGUUCCAAUACAGAGUCUACAAACUCUGUGACCAAUGGGCCUUCGAAACUGUCAGCCUACCUCAAUCUUUUUGGGGACUUUGUACACAACAUAACUGAUGGGCUUGCUAUGGCCGCUUCGUUCUACGCGUCUCCUCUCAUUGGAGCAACAACUACACUUGCUUGCUUUGCUCAUGAGAUUCCGCAUGAAAUAGCGGACUACUCCAUUCUGAUUCGAAGUGGAUUCACGAAGAAACAAGCAAUGCAGUCGCAGUUUAUAACUGCUAUCGGUGCAUUCGUUGGCACUUUCAUUGGUAUCGCGGUUCGCAACGCUACGGCAUCUUCAGUAGACACGUCGCGCACAGUAGAUUUUGCAGGUGGCAUACGCCAGGAUGCCAAUGGUCUUUUGGGAACUACUUUGCAGAUCGCGGACUUGGUAAUACCAUUUGUUGCGGGAGGGUUUCUAUAUAUCGCAUCAGUGGCCGUUUUGCCUACGCUACUUGCGGACAGCAAGUCCGGGAAGCAGGCUUUGCGAGAGUUCGUGGCGAUGUUCUUUGGUGUUGCGUGCAUGUUUCUUGUUGCCUGGAAUGAAUGAUUUAGACCGACCAAGGGCCACUUCCAUCUAGUGAUAUAGUGAUAUACAUAGAAGUAGCACCCACUUAUCUAUAAAAAUGUCGGGUCGUACGUAUACAUGCAGAGAAUCCCUUUCGUUGCAUGUGGCAGACACAUUGCUGGAACCACAAGUUUCCGAGGAGCAGGGAUUUUAAUGACAUCCAUCCCUUUGCGCCAUUUCAGUGAAAACAAUUUGCAAAAUUCGGAUCGUAUCCUGAUCAACUUCGAAGCCUAAUAGAGCCUAAUAUGACUAGGAUGAUGAAAAAUGAAUGGCUUACAUACAUGUUCGG